AUGGGGAAAGGAGAGAUAGAAGAGAGCAGCAGUACAGUGGGAUUAUUGAAGAGAAGCACAACUGGAGGAAGUGGGGGGUCGACAAGAUGGGUGGAUGGUAGUGAAGUGGACUCAGAAUCAGCACCUUGGUUACUCUUUGGUGAUGAGGAAAUUAAUAGAGAAGGUUAUGGAUCUGUAAGGAGAAGGCUUGUCAAGAAGCCCAAAAGAGUUGAUUCUUUUGAUGUUGAAGCUAUGGAGAUUUCUAGUUUCUACAAGUGCCUACGUUCAUGUUUCCCUUUACUAAUCUGUGUCUCUUCAAAUAAACAGGAGGAUUCUCUUUUGAGUACACUUGCUCUGGCAUUUCAAACGCUUGGUGUAGUAUAUGGUGACUUGGGGACAAGCCCUUUAUAUGUUUUUUCAGAUGUAUUCAGCAAGGUGCCCAUCACAUCUGAAGUUGAUGUCUUGGGGGCAUUGUCCAUUGUGUUAUACACAAUUGCUCUCCUUCCACUGAUGAAAUAUGUAUUUAUAGUGCUCAAGGCCAAUGAUAAUGGGGAAGGAGGAACAUUUGCACUGUAUUCAUUGAUCUGCAGGUAUGCAAAUGUUAACCUUCUUCCUAAUCGACAGCCAGCUGAUGAACGCAUCUCAAGUUUUAAGCUCAAGUUGCCCACUCCAGAGCUGGAAAGGGCUUUAAAUAUAAAAGAGAUUUUGGAACGUAAAUCUUCUCUAAAAACCCUUCUCUUGCUGUUGGUUCUGAUGGGAACAUCAAUGAUAAUAGGUGAUGGUAUCUUGACCCCAGCAAUGUCAGGUAUUCUAUUUGUUUUUAUUUUUUAAAUUUUGUUGUCCUUGAAAGGUGCAGAAGCGUUUUUUCUAAGAUCCUCAAUAAGUGGCCAACAACCAACCUUGAGUGAACUUUCUAGCAUCCAGUUUUGAUCUUCUACCUUCGUCAUAAAUGCUAAUCUCUAUCUUUGUUGAAGAAGACUGGAAGAGUGGGAAAGGAGAAACGAAGUGUUUAGAGGACGGAACAAUUUGCUGUCUGUUUAAGAAUUACAAUAGAGCAGUUGUAAAAUUCAGGGGUGGGGUAAAUUGUAUGUCUUAUUUGAUGUUAUCGUGCCUGUUGGAACGAAGUUACCAUUGUAACUCUCUCAUCAA